AUGAAAGAACUAAUAGAUAAGGUGCUUGGACUAAUUGAACCAGACGAAGAAACAGAGGCCUAUUUAAGAGAAAGAAUAAAUGAUGAGAAAGAUUUAAUUUUGAAAAAAGGAAUAGAUUAUCUGUACGAUUUGGUUUCUACUUUUUCCGAUGAAAAAAUAAAAAAAAAUGUUAUUGCGGAGAUUUUUAAUAAACAUAUAAAAAAAGAAAAUGGAAUAAGAAAUGAAGAAAAUAAAAAUGUUAACAAUGAAAAACUAACAAAAACACUUAACUUAAAGGAAUACUGGAAAAAAAGGGAUGUUGUAGGGUAUUAUGACCCCUUUUUAGGUAUACAAGAAAAACAAAUUAAUUACAAUACAAGCAUUCCUAUAAGUGAAAGUAUAAGAAUAAGCAAAGAGAAAGAAAAACAAAGACAAAAACAACUGAACUUAUUUAAAGAAUGGGUUAAAAAUAAAAUUAAAAUACCAUCCCCUGUAAGGGUACACAAUUUAUUACACUAUUCUGAUUCCAAUAAAAAUAAAACAAAAAUUGAAAAAAUGUAUGAUAUAAGAAUUGAUAAUUUUACAUUAAGUAUUGGACAAAGGAGUUUACUAUCAGAUACAACUCUAAAAAUAAAUGUUAUGAAUAAAUAUGGGCUUAUAGGAAAGAACGGAAUUGGGAAAAGUACCCUAUUGGCUAAGUUAGCUAGAUAUGAAAUUGAAGAAAUUAAAAAAGAUAUAUCCAUAGCUUGUAUUGAACAAGAUUUAUUUCUUGAAGAUGUGACUGUAUUAGAGUGUGUUCUAAUGGUUGAUAAAUUAAGACAUGAUUUGUUGGCAGAAUUGGAACAACUAGAAUUAAAAAAAAGUAAAUAUACCCGUGGUGAGGAAUUCACAAAUAGCGAAAUUAAGAAUGACGGGGAAAAUGUAAAAAGAAAUGAUAUUAAAAAAUCGGAUGAUGAAAAAGGGGAUAACACCGAAGAAGAAAAAAACAUAGACGAAAAAAUAUUAGCAAUUUAUGAAAAAUUAAAUAGUAUUAGCUACUUAGAAGCAGAAAAAGAAGCUAGCAAAAUUUUGUGUGGAUUAGGUUUUGAUUCAAAUUUACAAAAAAAAAAAGUGAACUCCCUUAGUGGAGGUAUGAGAAUGAGACUAUGUCUUAGUCGUAUUCUUUUCAGUAACAAUGACAUAAUAUUGUUAGAUGAACCUACGAACCAUUUGGAUAUAUAUACCAUACAAUUCUUGAUAGAUUACAUAAAAAAAUUAAAUAAAACGUGCAUUAUUGUUUCACAUGAUAGAGAUUUUUUGAAUGAAGUUUGCACAGAUAUUAUUUAUUUUCAUCAAAAACAGUUAACAUAUUACUCAGGAAAUUAUGAUCAAUUUGAAAAAACUAGAGUAGAACAAUUGCUACAACAACAGAGAGAACAUGAUUCCAUUGAAAUGAAGAAAAAGCACGUUCAGAAAUUUAUAGACAGAUUUAGGUAUAAUUCAAAAAGAGCAGCAUUAGUUCAAAGUAGAAUCAAACUUUUAAAUAAAUUACCUGUGGUAAAUUUAGAAAAAGAAGAAACUCCAUUCAGUUUCUCUUUUUUAGAACCAUUUUAUACAUCCAACGUACUAAUACGGCUAAAAAAUGUUUCCUUUAAAAAUGAAAUGUUUAAAAAUUUACAAAUAAAAAAAAAUUCAAAUAUUAUAAUAGCAGACGGAGAUGAAGAAACAGGUGGGAAAAUAAAUGGAAAAUCAUAUAACAGUACCAAAAGAGAAGAUGAAACUUCAAGAAAUAAUGAUGAUUAUCAAUUUAAACAUGAAUUCUUAUUUAAAAAUGCAACUUUUGAAGUAGACAUGGAUUCUAGAAUUGCUAUAUGUGGUGUAAAUGGUAGUGGGAAAACGACAUUAAUUAAAAUUAUUUUAAAUCUAAUAGACACUUUUGAAGGAGAACUACAUGUCAGCAACAAGGCAAAUAUAGGUUACUAUUCCCAAUAUCAUGUGGAUAGCUUAAAUCCUAUUUUUAAUUCCAUUCAACAAUUACAAUACAAUUAUUCUAACAAAAAUAUAAAAGAAGAAGAAGCUAUUAAAUAUUUUAAUAAAUUUAAUAUCCCAACCAAUAUUUUAUAUGAACCAAUUUAUGUUUUAUCAGGAGGUCAGAAGAGUAAAUUGGCAUUAGCUAUUUUGGCUUAUAAAAAUCCAAAUAUAUUAAUUUUAGACGAACCUUCAAAUCACCUUGAUAUCGAAUCCGUACAAGCUUUAAUUGUUGCCUUAAAUUUGUACAAAGGAGGGAUCAUUAUUAUUAGUCAUGACACAUAUUUGAUAAAACAUGUAGCAGAUGAAAUUUAUCAUAUAAACAAUAUAACAAAAGAAGUGAUUAAAAUUGAUUAUGAUUUCGAUAAAUAUGCGAAAUUGCUGCUUGAAAAUAAGAUAUAG